CCCGCGCAGGGGCCGCCCGAGCGCCCCGGCGCCGUGACCCUCCUCCCGCCCCCUCGCCCGGCGCGCCCGGCUAUAAAGGAGGGUUUUAUUCUCGGGCUCCGGUCUCACGCCAAACCCUGUCACACCGUCUAGACGAGCUGUCGUGGGGCUCGGCCCAGCUGUCACCAUGGCGAUGGAGACGAGUCCGCUGUGAAUUUUGGGGGGGAGCGAGCGAGCGAGAGCGGCGGCGGCGGCAGAGGAGGAGGAGGAGGAGGAGGAAGAAGGCUCGGCCGCCGCCGUGCCCUGCCCUCCCCCGCGGGGGAGGCUCGGACCCCCCGGCGCUGCCGACCGCGGCUGGAGCCGGCCCGGCGGGGAGCCCCGGGAGCCAGCGGCCGCGGGCGCGGGGCGAGCCUCAGAUGCGGCUGUCACACAACCCCGGCCGGGCUAUUUAAAGUAACGGGCCCCGCCGGACACUGGUGUCUCUGCCUAUUUAUGAGCCCCCGGGAGCCGGCGGGCGCCGCCGGGCAGCGCUAGGAGCCGAGCCCGCCGGGAACAGCGCCGGGGCCCGCCCGGAGCAUGACGGCGAUCCGGGCGCUGCUGCUCUGCCUCUGCCUGGGGCUGCCGGCGGGCGGGCAGCCCUUCCUGCGCCUGCGACCCUCACCCAGCGACAACCUGCCCGUCAAGGACAUCGUGGAGCACCCAGACCCCGAGUACGACCCCAAGGAGCAGGAUCUGGACGAGAGGACGCUGAGGAAGAAGCUGGGCAGCCAUUUCGACCCCGGCUUCAUGGCCGUGGCCGUGCCGGGGCCGGCCAACGCCUCGGGCGCCGCGGCGGCGGCGGGGCGGGGGCGGGCGGCGCUGCCGGCCGAGCUGCGGCGGCUGGAGCUGGGGCCGCCCCGGGGCCCGCGCCUGCGGCUGGGCAAGAAGGCGCGGCGGAAGGUGCUGCAGUGGCUGUGGGCGCACACCCACUGCCCCGUCCUCUACGCCUGGAAGGACCUGGGGGUGCGCUUCUGGCCGCGCUACAUCAAGGAAGGCAACUGCCUGGCCGAGAAGUCCUGCUCGCUGCCCGAGGGCAUGUUCUGCAAGCCCGUCAAGUCGGUCACCAAGACCUUCCUGCGCUGGCACUGCCAGGGCUGGUCCAGUCAGAAGUACUGCACCUGGAUCCCCGUGCAGUACCCGCUCAUCUCCGAGUGCAAGUGCUCCUGCUAAGCCUCCCCGGCCCCUUGCACUGCCGCCCUCCUCCUCCGGAUCACUUUAGGGGGGGAGGUUUUCGGGUGGGUUUUUUUUUGGUGGGUGGGUUUUUUUGGGAUAGUUUUUUGGGGGGGUUGGUUUUAUUUUUUUCCCACCCCCCAGAGCGAAGUGGGAGAAGAUGAACCGCUUUGGGUCUUUUUUUUUUUUGGUUAAUUUUUGGGGGUUUUUUUGUUUGUUUGGUUUUUUGUUGUUUGAUUUUUUGUUGUUAAUUUUUUUUUGUUUUUUUUUUUUCCCUUGGACUUCUUUUAAUGUUAUUUUAUUCAAAAGGGGGAAAAGCGAACCCAGGAACUGCAGGGCAGGCCAAAGGCACAGUAAAGCACUACAAUCAGAUGUCUAUUUUUAUACGUAUAUAGCCUUCUAACAAAAGGAAAAUUUAAAAAAACUUAAAAAAAAAAAAGGAAAAAAAACUACCAGCCGUGUAAAUAGAGAGAUUUUAAAGGAAAAGGGGGGGGGGGGGGGAAAUCGCAGCUGUUUUUUUAUUAUUAUUAUAAUUAUUAUUGUUAUUAUUAUUAUUUUAAAGACAUAGGACCACAUUUUAAACCCAUCCCCACAGAACCCAAGCACUUCCUUGCCGAAGGGAAGGGCAGAAAUUUCUUGUAAAGGUGUUUUUAUCAAAAGGAGAAAAGGGGCAGGGGGUGUAAAAAAAGAAAAACAAGAACCGCAGCAUCCCUGAACGGUUGUUUCUCUGUGCUGUAUUUUUUUUGUCUUCAGACCUUGUCACUGAUGUUUGAACUAAUUUGCCAAGCUCUCUAGGGUUUUUUAAGUGUAUAACAAUUAAUUAAGAAGGAAAUUUUAAAGAAAAGUACAAAUCUAUGAAAGAGUGGAAUUGUUUUGUUGUGUGGGAAUACAUAUAGUCGUGUAGAGAUGUUAAAGGAAAUUUUCUGUGUACAGUUUAUUUAUUUUUAACGUUUGUGUAUAGGGGAAAAAAAAAAAGCUAGAGAUUAUGCCAGAAACUAUUGGAAAUGUUUACUUGAAUAUUCCUUUAAAAACAUAUCAAUGUAAAUAUGAGCUAUCACUGAUCAAAACAUUUUUAGCAAUAAACUCUAUCUUUGAAGAAAAA